AUGCGGCGAGCAUGGCCCUGGCCCUGGCCCCUCCUCCUCGUGGCGCAAGGAUCAGAGGACUUUGUCAGCUGCAUAGGUGCAGAACGUCGAGCCCACGUGGCCACCUUUGCCAGCGAGCUGGACAUGAUCCAGUCGGCUUUUUUUGCGUCUACGUCCAAGGUUUUCGGUGAAGUUGCGGUAUUGGACUAUGGCCGUGGGGCGGAGUGGCCCAAGCUGACUGUGAGGUUACACGCAUACAAAGAUUAUGUUUUUCGGAUGAUGGCCUCUCAAAUCUGCGACUUUGUGCUUUUCGUGGAUGGUUACGACUCGGUAGUUACCGGCUCGACGGAGGAAAUCGUUGACAGGUUGUUGGCGCUGGAGUCAAGGACUGGCAAACCCGUCGUCUUCGGUGCAGAAACACAGCCGGAUAAGUUCUUGGAAGCUUUUCAAGAGCUGGCCAAGGCCAACAACGUGAGCACACCAUGGCGAUAUCUCAAUGCCGGGCUCAUGGCAGGACGAGUUUGGGCGCUUCGUACCUUCUUUCAGGAGAUACUGCAUGGCCACGGCAUGGACGACCCCAUCUCCGACCAGGUCUUGUGUGCAAACUUCAGCCUCUUUCAGCGGCCGGACUUGGUGGCGCUGGACUACCAAACCGAGCUCUUCUUGAAUGCCUUCGGCAUCGAAGGUAUUUUAGACGGCCCCUGGGCCUGGGACUUGGGCCAACCCCCCCAGUCGGUGGCUUUGGUGGAAUCCCAGGGCCAAGCUUGGAUCGAAAAUCGUCUCACCAAGAAGAGACCCCUGAUCUUCCAUUUCCCGGGGCCCGGGAAGUUCUCCAAAAAGGCGCCCUGCCUGAAAAAUCCGAGGCUCUUCUGCCUGAGGUCUUUGCCCUUCGAAGUAGUUCGGCUACUUCUGCCCGAGGCCUACAAGGGUUGGCGCCUGGAGAGCAUGCAAGAUCUCUUUGACGACCUCUCCACACCCUGGCUACCGCGCUGGAACAACGACGACUACCUUCACUUCCAGCGGACCUGGGGCGUUCUAGAGAAGAUCAAGCUGAGAGAGCGCAUCAUCAGUUACAUGGGGCUCCUUGACCUUCUUCUUCUCGCCCUCUUCGCCCUCUUCCUCUACUACCGCGUCUGGCGGCUGAGAGGAUGUUCUCGGCUGCCGCUCUCUCUCCCCCAGACUCUUCGGCUGCGAGUGAAGCCCGAGACUCUGGACCUUUGA